CGUGUUCCUGCGAAUAACAAAAGAGUCAAGAAUUUAAAAAGGUGAAAAUAAAAAUUUCGCGGUAUUUUUUAUCUCUGCCUCUUUUCGCUUCGGCUGGUUUCGGGCAAGCGUUUUGCGAACUUUGUUGAGUGAAAACAGUGAAGAAAGCAUGAGCGCCUUCAAAAGAUAUCAGAGCAAGGUGUUCUGGGACCAAAUGGCCUCGCGCGAUCUGGAGGACGAUCGUCCUGCAAGAAGAAAUGAUCCUCCGCGUUACUCUUUUAAUGAACGUGUCUGCAAAAAGGAAGAGGAGAAAGAAGAAGAAAAUUCGACCAAAUCGGAAAACGACACGAUCGACGAUACGAAUAUCACCGCGAUACACGUCUGUGCUAUGAGCAACAAAAGCGAUGAGAAUACAAAACAGAACGCGUGUCAGAUUUCGUUGAUACGCGACGAAAGUAUAACGCGUCGCAGAAUGACAUUGGAGAAAACGGAUAAAAGGGAGGAGGAGGAGGAGGAGAUAAAAAACAGAUCCUACAGUCCCUUUAGCCAAGGAUUCAAGAGCCAGGAUUCCGGAUUCUCCGACUCCGAGAGAUCGGACUGUUCGGUGGCUUACGAGAACGCGACUCCGAGGCGGAAGCUGAGGAGGAAACGGAUGAGGCGUAGGAUCCAGCCGGCUUCCCCGUGGCUGGAGGAAGGAUCACCCCCGGUGCCGACGCAUACGUCCACGCCGAAGGAUUCCAGGAUACACGCGAGGAAUCGCCUCCUCGGCAAACCCGCGAGGAGCCCCUCGCGAGAACGGAGGGCUGGCGGGGAGCAGCGGGACAACUCGUCGAAAGCACCUUCCUCCGUGUCGUUGGGGGAGGAGAGUCUGUGCGACUUUCUGUACGCGUCCGAGCCGCCGGAAGACAGCGUUCAGCCGUCAAUAACGAAAUCGCGGGCUUCCACCGACGCCACGGACGCCGCGAUCGCCGCCGGCAGGGAGGUGUUGAACUCCCGAAAUUACCGUCAAUCGUCGUCCAUGAGGGCAUGGCUCACCGACCUCGCGACGACGACCGAGAACGAGUGCGGCAGCACGCUGCAGAGCAAGAAUCUGCCGCGCGGAGGAGCCCGAGUGGCGUCCGGCGAGGUGCACGCGCGGGAUCUGAAGAUGCUGUCUUCCGCGGCCACCGCGGCCGCGAGUAAACUUCUAGUCAGCGCGGAACACUUCGAGCAACAUUAUCGGAGUAUCGUGGAGAAAAUAACUCAGCUGGAAGGCGGCAGAUUCGAAAUGGAGCUUCUUCGCAGUAUAGAGGAAGCCGCAUUUUCGGUCCUCUCUCAAUUGGGCGCACCUCCUCCUCGCAGGAUACAGCAAGGUAGUCUGAGGAGCAUCCUCGCGCAGUUGCAAAAUAUGAAGAUGUACGUCGGCAGUACGGUCGAUACACGCUUAGAUUUUUACAUCGAGAAAAUAGUCCGAGGCCUCGAGGAAGCCCCCCGGGAAGAUAGUAGCGUGGCUAGAGGCGCUCUGGCGGCCCUGACGGCUCUGGGCUUGUCGGAUCCUCGCGCGGGAAGCAGCAUAGCUCGAUGUUCCGGCGUAAAGGCUCUGUUAACGUGUCUCGUCGCCGUCAGCCGAGUACCGGACGAUCUCGUCACGAUCACGUUACGCGCUCUGGCCAGCGUGUGCAAUUCCACGACAGCGAUCGAAUACUUCGCCCGAGAGGGCGGCCCCGAGAUCCUGACGGAUCUCCUGGGCGCGGGAUCCUCCACCGAGAAGGAGAAGACCGAAGCCACCGCUCUGGUGGUGCAAAUCACGGCGCCGUGGACGAACGCGCGGGGUCUGCCGUAUCUCGAGCCCUUCGCAGACUCGCUGAUUCCGGCGUUGAAUCAGCUGAUCGAGGCCACCAAUUGCGCACAGACCCUGCUGCUGGCCGCCGCGGCGCUGAAUCAGCUGUCCAAGUCGAGGAUAUGCGCCACGAUCAUCAUGGAGGAGGACAGUGUGAAGAAGCUCUUGAGAAGCGUGAAGAAAUCCGCCGGCGGUAACGUGUGGUUGAUGGAACAGGUCGCCGCGUUGAUCGGCGAACUGGCGCGGAAUCCCGAAGGUCGAGCGCACCUGGCGAAGGCACGAGCCUCCGUGGCGUUGGUCUCUUUUCUCCGUAUGAGGCCACCGGGCCUGGAGGACGCGUAUCGACGGCUGGAGAUCACCGCGGCGGCCGCGUUGACCCGACUCUGCGUGGAGCCGGAGAUCGCGAGGCAAGUGGUCGCUGUCGGCGGCGGGGACUGCUUGCCGGUAUCGUGCAGAGUGAACGAAGCCCAAACGGAGCGGAAGGACGAGGAGGCGCAAGCGGGAACGGGCUUUUUCAGAUACACCAGAUCGUUGAGGCGAGCGUGUAAGAAGGCCGCGAAGCAAAUCGGGAUCGCAAAGGCCAAGGAUCACAGUCCACUGGACUGAGGGAGCAGUUCUGGAAAGGACAAAAGAUUGUUGUGAUAAUUCAGUACGAUGUUGAACAAGCGAGAGAUUUCGCACGAAGAAAGUGAAGACUGUAAAUACAUUUUAUAAUCACGAAUUAUAAUUACAGUAUUACAUUAUGGAAGGGCAAUGUAGAGAAAUAUCUUUGUCAAAUAUGUACAAAUAUAUGUAUAUGUAUAUGUAACUCUCGAGAUGCAGCAUAUCGCAAAGAUAUGGACCCGCAUUGUAAAAAUAAGAACGUUUUCUUUUAUCGCGUACUAAAAAAAUGUGCCAUAAUACACAUUUGUGAGAAAAAUAUAUAAAAAAUAUUAACCAUUA